AUGGGGGUGGAGAUCAACGUGGGGGCGGAGUUCGAUGUGGGGGCAGAGAUUAACGUGGGGACGAAGAUUAAGGUGGGGAUGGAGAUCAACGUGAGGACGGAGAUCGACGUGGGGGGCGGAGAUCGAUGUUGGAGUGGCGUAGUGUGCAGUGUGGUACUUGAGCAGGUGAGUGACGAUACUGGGGGUGGGAGUGGCUGCGGCGACGGCAGCUCCGGGGACGGAAGUGGCUGCGGUGAUGGCAGCUUCGGGGACGGAAGUGGCUGCGGUGAUGGCAGCUCCGGGGGCGGAAGUGGCUGUGGCGACGGCAGCUGCGGGGGCGGAAGUGGCGCACCGGGCAGAAAAAGCGCUAGUCCCAGUGGCAGUGGAUCCUGCGGUGGCCGCGUAUCUGUCGGCGAUGGUCUUCCUGGCGAUCGUGGAUGCGAUGGUGUUCCUGGCGACCACGGACGCUGCAUGGUCGGUAGUGGCUAUUGUCCGUGCGGCGGUGGGGGCGGAAGUGGAAAAGGGGCAACCUUGUUAAGGUAUAUAAAAUCAUGA